GUUCUUCCUAUUGUCUUUCUUAAGCUUUGGGGUUUAGGCAUGAAGGACAUUGAGACUAUGGUGGAUUGCACUCGCUGUCUGGGGAAUAUGUGCUAUUUUGGUUGGCAGGGUUGAUGUCCCGGAUGAAUGAAUGCCGAACCUUUGAAGGUGAUGAAAUGUGCUCAGGGUAUAAUUGCCAGUGUUACAAAUAAUGAGUAGGAGUGGAGUUAUACAAAACAGUGAAGUUUUCUUAGAAACAUUCAAACAUAACAGCCAUGUUGUGUCUUGGGUGGGACUUCUUAAGGAUUUGAAAGUUUAAAGUGCAUAUGUAUUUAUUGAUAUCAAAGGUAAAUACAUUUUCUGUAGAGAGGAACAAAACUGGAUAGGUGGCGAUGCCUGCUGUGUUUCUUGAAGAACGGAAUGGUAUUGAGUUGGUGAGGUGGUUCGUGUCAAGACAAGCUUUUGAAGCUGAAGAAUAAUCAGGUCUCUACUGGUCUGGAAUGUUUACCCUCACUGAGGUAGCCUCCCUGAAUGACAUCCAGCCAACUUAUCGCAUCCUGAAACCAUGGUGGGACGUGUUUAUGGAUUAUCUUGGUGUUGUUAUGCUAAUGCUGGCGAUAUUUGCUGGAACGAUGCAGCUGACCAAAGACCAAGUGGUUUGCCUUCCUGUUCUGGAGCAAACCUCAGAGGAACCAAGCGGCUUUACGACGUUUCGUCCCCCGGAGGCCACUGCGGGUGCAGGGAACGGAGCAAGCAGGGUAACUCUGGCUGCAGCGCCCCGGAUGACUGGAGAUCUACCGGAUAACGUUGUCCAUCAGAUUCACUUUGCACAGGCAGGUGCUGUUGGCCAGCCUCGCCCAACAGGUGUCCAAACAAACUUGGACUUUCAGCAAUAUGUUUUUGUUAACCAGAUGUGUUACCACGUGGCCCUCCCAUGGUACUCCAAAUACUUUCCAUACCUUGCUCUCAUCCACACUAUUAUACUCAUGGUCAGUAGCAACUUUUGGUUCAAAUACCCAAAGACUAGCUCAAAAAUUGAACAUUUCGUUUCAAUAUUGGGAAAGUGUUUUGAGUCUCCGUGGACAACUAAAGCGUUGUCAGAAACCGCAUGCGAGGACUCUGAGGAAAAUAAACAGAGACUCACUGGCGCCACCUCUCUUCCAAAACAUUUCUCCACCAGCAGUGAAGAGGGCAGUCCAAACCAGUCCACCCCAAUGCUUGUCAAAUCUGGCGUCAAAUUCUCUGCUGAAAAGCCUGUCAUCGAAGUUCCCUGUAUGACCAUUCUAGACAAGAAGGACGGUGAGCAGGCGAAAGCACUUUUUGAAAAAGUAAGGAAAUUCCGUGCCCAUGUGGAAGACAGUGACUUGAUUUACAAGUUCUAUGUUGCACAGACAGUAAUCAAAACAAUCAAAUUCAUUCUGAUCUUGUGUUACACAAUGACAUUUGUUGCUGCCAUUGAUUUUGACCAUGUAUGUGAGCCUGACAUAAAACACUUGAUUGGCUAUGCUAAAUUCCAGUGUACACAUAACAUGGCAUUUAUGUUAAAGAAGCUACACAUUAGCUAUAUUUCUCUUAUUAGUGUUUAUGGCAUGAUCUGUGUUUACACCCUGUUUUGGCUCUUUCGGCGGCCUCUCAAAGAGUAUUCAUUUGAAAAAGUCCGAGAGGAGAGUAGUUUCAGUGAUAUACCAGACGUGAAAAACGACUUUGCUUUUCUCUUGCACAUGGUUGAUCAGUACGACCAGCUGUAUUCCAAACGUUUCGGUGUUUUUUUGUCGGAGGUCAGUGAGAACAAGCUGCGCGAAAUCAGCUUGAACCACGAAUGGACGUUUGAGAAACUGCGACAACACGUUACUCGUAACGCUCAGGAUAAGUUGGAGCUUCACCUUUUCAUGCUGUCGGGAGUUCCGGACGCGGUGUUUGACCUCACCGAUCUGGAGAUACUCAAGCUGGAGUUGAUUCCUGAAGCCAGGAUAACAGCUAAGAUUUCCCAAAUGAUAAACCUUCAGGAGCUUCAUUUCUACCACUGCCCUGCUAAAGUGGAGCAGACUGCUUUCAGUUUCCUUCGUGAUCACCUCCGGUGCCUUCAUGUCAAAUUCACGGACGUGGCUGAAAUUCCCACAUGGGUGUACCUGUUGAAAAGUUUGAGGGAGCUAUAUUUGGUGGGGAAUCUUAACUCGGAAAAUAACAAAAUGAUUGGCUUGGAGUCCCUCCGAGAUCUUAGGCAUCUCAAGACUCUGCAUCUCAAAAGCAACCUCACGAAAAUCCCAACCAACAUCACAGAUCUCUCUCCACACCUGCUCAAGCUGGUGGUGCACAACGACGGCACUAAACUCUUGGUUUUAAACAGCUUGAAGAAAAUGAUGAACCUGUCUGAGUUGGAGCUUCAUAACUGUGAACUGGAGAGGAUCCCUCAUGCUAUCUUCAGUCUGACCAACCUGCAGGAGCUGGAUCUGAAAUCCAACCAUAUCCGCACGAUUGAAGAGGUCAUCAGCUUUCAGCACCUCAAAAGGCUCAUCUGUCUCAAACUUUGGCACAAUAAAAUAAUAACCAUACCGUUGUCCAUAAGCCAUGUCAAAAACCUGGAGUCACUCUACCUUUCUCACAACAAACUCGAGUCUCUGCCCUUACCUCUGUUCAACCUGCUCAAACUGAGGUACCUUGAUGUUAGUCAAAACUCCAUAGCGGUAAUCCCUUUGGAUAUCGGGUUUCUGCAGAACCUCCAGCACUUUGCCAUCACAGGCAACAAGGUUGAUGUGGUACCCAAGCAGCUGUUCAAAUGCACCAAACUGAGGACUCUAUGUCUCGGACACAACUCAAUCUCUGCCCUCCCAGAGAAAAUAGGCCAACUGGUGCAGCUAACACAACUAGAACUGAAAGGAAACUGCCUGGACCGCCUGCCGGCCCAGCUUGGCCAGUGUCACCUGCUCCGCAGGAACUGCCUCGUGGUGGAAGAUCAUCUGUUCGACUCGCUCCCCUUAGAGGUUAAGGAGGGCAUCAAUCAGGAAUCGAAUGUCUCUUUUCCAAAUGGAGUGUAGGUGGAGUUGAUGAGUGGAAGAGUUGACGGGUUGUUGCAUGUCACCUGAAAGAAAGGUUUUGCUCAGGGCUGAUUCUUCUUGAAUGAACAGAUGAUCUAAUAAACGUAUUGAUAGAAAAUAGCACUGUGUCCAUGCGCAGAGUAGACCCUGGGUACUAUGGGAAUGUCCAAAUGCUUGUGCAAUAACUAUGUGAUUUUGUUGGUGUUUGCAGGUGUUCAAGAGAAAUGUAGGGAUGCUCAUGACAGACUUGUAAAUGGCAGUGAUAGAAAUGAUAGAUGCCUAGAUUGGCUCUGCCUCAAGUUUUACUGUUUUUUCCUUUUUGUCUUUUGUUUUGUCUAUAACUUUUUCUAGAUAUUUUAAGCUUGUUAACCUGAUUCCAUGAAUGUCAAAAUGUAGCAGUUACAAAUACAACUAUUUUAACUUGUUUUACCUUUUUGUAUGUUGUUCAUACUUUGGACCAAGAGUGAAAGACAUCUCCCAAAGGUUUGUCUGUAACUUGCACUUUUGUCAAGUGGGUAGCUGGAAAUAUCUUUGCCUCUAACAAAAUGCCACAGGUCAUAACUUUUUAUAAUAGUGGAAAAUAUUACUUUAAUCUUAAUGGAAAUAAUAACAAUAUUUAGCAUAGAUUUCCUUUUUCUAUGGGCUCCCAAAAUAACUAAAAUAGAAUAUCUUAAUGUUGGUCUUUGAAGUAAACAAUCAAUACCUUUAUAACAAGUAUUUUAAUUUAACUUUUUAAAAUCGAAUUAUGAAUGUCAAAUGUCCUUAGUGUUUUUUGUUAUAUUAAUCGGAUAACAUGAAAACAUAAUAUGCAUAACGAGAGCCAGACUUCCGUCUACUAGACCUAAUGACACAGAUUAUUGAUGCAUUUGACUCCAAAUUAUAUCCACUUUGCCUUGCAUGCAUUGUGUAACAACUGCUUCAACCUAUUGUUUUUGUUCUGGAUGAGAACAGUUAGUAUUGCAUGACUGGCUGCAGUUCUUAGACCCAGAUGACUCUCUUUGGAGCCCCAAAUUGUAUAAUCAUUGUGUGCCACAUCCUCAAAUUGUUCACAUUCUCACAAGGCAGCAGUGCAUUAAUUUAGAGGAUAAAUAAUAUUGUAUUGUUCAAGGAAUGGAAUGGAAUGAGAUAGCUGGCUGGCCAUGAUUGUGAUUUUCUCCCAAGAUAUUUAUCAGGAUAUAAUAUAUUUAUAUACUGUAAUAGUUUGUACAUUAGUAUAUAGCAUGACCACCUAACCAAAUGAUUAACCUAAGGGAUAUUGAUGAUCCUUUGUUAUGAUUCGCCAACCUUUAUACAUUAGAACUUUGACUGGUAAUGCUUGACAUUAGCAUAUGUAUUUAAUGCUCAUUUAUCAAAUCAUGACAAUAAAAUUUACAAUAAUUCUAUGAAUCAUUCCAUUAGUAGCGUUAAAUAAAGCAGGUGAUCUGCAUCCACUAGAGCUAGAUCUGCUAACUGUUUCUAUCCUGGGGAUUGUUGCAUUAGAUUUCAUUCAUCUGGGAAGGUGGUAUUGGUCAUGUGAUCCGAUUGCCAAUCAAGACCAACGAUUGUCAGGUGUGUUUCACAAAUGAGUGACAGAUUAUGAGCAAGUGUGACUUUCCACAUCCUCAUUUUGGGGUGGAAGGGAUAGCUCAGUGGUUAGAGUGUAUGACUGCAGAGCAAGAGGUUGGAGGUUCAUAUCCCCCAAGGUGCUGUUGUACCUUUAUCUUUAAAGUGGGCUUUUCGUAAAGAUAUAUUGAAUUCUGAAGGAAACUGAAGCAAGUCCCUGGUGGCCUAGGGCAUAAGCAUGGGUACCAUGUGGGUCUCAGGUCGCAGCUCAUCCGUGUUCGAAUCUGGCUGGCGGACUCUAUGUGCAAUGUUCCCACUGCUUCCUUGCUGUCAUGUAAAACAUGAUAGUAUGUCUUUAACUAGUGGUGUUUUUAAGGAUAAAUGUUACUAUUCCAGGUAGGGGAAGUGGGGCCCCGGUGGCGUAACGGAUAAGCAUGCGAGCCAUGCAGGUAGGCCGGUCAGAAGCAGCAGCAUGGUAUCGAAUCCCAGCUCACAGCAGGUAUACAGCAGGGCACCUGCUCCCAUCAUGCCUGGAGUACAGCAGGGCCUCCGACACACAAGCACCCCGGUUCCCAUCAUGCUUGGACAGCCAGGUCUCCGACAUGCAAGCACCCCGGUUCCCAUCAUGCUUGAUUUCCAUCAUGCUUGAAAUGGAACAGGAAGAUGAUAAAAAAAAAAAUGGUUUUAAAGUUAAGUGUGGACAUUUUAAAGAUACAUUUUAAUAUAAAACUUUCUACAUCUGUGG